UACUUACAUUUACAUAUAUAGAGGGCCUCCAUGAAGAGCCCCAAGUUACGACCACUAUUAUUAUGUCGGAGGGAGCAGUCGCAGCCUGGUGCUCGCUGUAUACAUUUCAGCUAUUUAUUCCAUUCUGAAGCAGGGAUUCCGGUAGAACACCUCCAAAUAGAUAGAUAGAUAGCGCAUCUCGUCGACUAUGGUUUUAUAAAUACGUCACUUCUGACAUUUUUACCCGUUCACAUAGCUUUUUUUGUGUGUGUGUGUGGAGAAAGACUAUCAGGAUAAGCCACAAGACCGCAAUGUAUAAUACAUUUUGGACAACGGAAAAUGCCGGCGAGGAAGCAGACUGGAGGGACGUGAUGAUGCCCUACUCCACCGAACUGAUCUUUUAUCUGGAAAUGGACCAACCGCCAGCUCUUCCUCCAAAACCAGCAAAGCCCCAGCAGCCCUCCACAGUUGGGGUGGGAGGGGGCAGCAGCAAUGGUACUAAGGAUGGAGGAGCAGCAGGCUCACUGCAAGAGGCUGAAUGGUACUGGGGGGACAUAUCCAGGGAGGAGGUGAAUGACAAGCUCAGAGACAUGCCUGAUGGGACCUUCCUGGUUCGGGAUGCUUCAACCAAGAUGCAAGGCGACUACACACUCACACUGAGGAAGGGAGGCAACAACAAGCUAAUAAAGAUAUAUCACAGAGAUGGAAAAUAUGGUUUCUCUGACCCCCUGACAUUCAGCUCAGUGGUAGAGCUAAUCAGCCACUACAGACAUGAGUCUCUGGCUCAAUACAACACCAAGCUGGAUGUCAAACUUGUGUACCCCAUCUCUCGUUUUCAACAGGACCAACUGGUAAAGGAGGACAACAUUGAUGCUGUAGGGAAGAAGUUGCAGGAAUACCACAAUCAGUACCAGGAGAAAAGCAAAGACUACGACAGACUGUACGAAGAAUACACCAAGACAUCACAGGAGAUCCAGAUGAAGCGGACAGCCAUCGAAGCUUUCAACGAGACCAUCAAGAUCUUUGAGGAGCAGUGCCACACACAGGAACGGUACAGCAAGGACUACAUUGAGCGCUUCCGCCGUGAGGGUAAUGACAAGGAGAUUGAGCGGAUCAUGAUAAACUAUGAAAAGCUCAAAUCUCGGCUCGGUGAGAUUCACGACAGUAAAGUCCGGCUGGAGCAGGACCUGAAGACGCAAGCCAUGGAAAACCGUGAGACGGACAAAAAGAUGAACAGCCUGAAGCCUGAUCUCAUACAGCUCCGCAAGAUCAGAGACCAGUAUCUCGUCUGGCUCAAUCACAAAGGAGUUCGCCAGAAACGAAUUAACGACUGGCUUGGAAUCAAGAAUGAGAACACUGACGAAGGCUACUUUGUGAGUGAGGAGGAUGAGAACUUACCUCACUACGAUGAGAAGAGCUGGUUCGUUGGGGAUCUGAACAGGACACAAGCAGAGGAGCUCCUCCUUGGGAAGCUGGAUGGCGCUUUUCUUAUACGAGAAAGCAGUAAAAAGGGCUGCUAUGCCUGCUCUGUAGUUGUUGAAGGUGAGGUGAAGCACUGCGUCAUCUUCAGCACACCGCGGGGCUUUGGCUUUGCUGAGCCCUACAACCUGUACAGCAGCCUAAAGGACCUUGUUCUUCACUACCACCACACCUCCCUGGUGCAGCACAAUGACUCGCUCAAUGUGCGCCUCGCCUACCCAGUCUACGCACAGAUACCCACCGGACGCAGAUGAACCACACCCACCUGACCUCACCCCCGCAAACAGACAACAGGAAACUUCUUCUUGGGGAAGACAGUACUGGGAGAGUGAAGGAAGGCGGAGGGUGGGAUUUUUAAAAAGCAAAACAACCCCAAAACCAGACAUGAUAAAUAUAGAAAGAUAUAAAUUUAACACUUGCUGCAACACCCGUCAGCCAGCUUGGAGUUAUAUAUUUUUACAAGAACAAUUUCGGAGGGCAUUCUGUCUAAAGACUGCUUGAUUUGCACAAGAAAGUUGUAAAUGUUUGUGAAUGUGAAAAGAAAGUGACCGCAGGACGGAAGGAAACGAAGUAGGAGACUUCAGAGUUUCAGGUUGACCCCGCUGCUACCUAAAUUUUAGCUCAGACUUUUUUUUACCAGAAACUCAAACACCACAAGAAUGAAAGACAACAACAAAACAUUCCCAUCCUAAAACAUUUAGUUUGUUUUUGUCAUAUUUUUUCCUCAUUUUCAUCUCAGAUAUUACAAUGUUUAUGUUUUGGAGUCGUCUUUAUGUUUCAGAUAUUUCCUAUUGUUUUUACGUAACCUUGCUUGUGGUAAAUACAAAAGGAGACGAUAA